AUGCCUGAAAUUUUGACUAAAAAGCGACUCGAAUUAACUACUCAUAAAGCUUAUGAUGAUAAUUUGGCUCAUGGUUUUGUAACAGUAAAUAUCAGACAUAAACCAGAAAUUGAAGCAAAAUUAACUCUAGAAGAAAAAAAGGAGCAAUUUGCAGCUAAUACAUUAACUUUAAAUGCAUUGGCUAAAAAAAUAAAAGAAGAUGAGAAAAAACAAGUUCAAUUAAAUUAUAUAAAUACUAUCAAUAAACAACAUGAAUUAGCUGCACGAAAAAUUACAGAUCAUUUAUUUGAAGAUAAAGCAUUUACAGUUGCAACAGUAUGUGGUUAUUGUAAUAGGAAAAUAUGGAUGAAAAUUGGCCGUCAAUGUCGUGACUGUUUAAUAACAAUACAUAAAAAAUGUGAAGAUAAAUUUAAUGCUGAAUCAACAUGUACACAUGAACCAAUUCAGUUAAAAAUUACUCAAAUUCCUACGCCACCUGACGAUGAUACUAAAGGUUUAGUUAAUAUUGAAUUGAAUGAUGCUUCGAUUGUAGUUACGGAUGAUACGGAUUCAACGUCAAUAAAAACUAAUAAUGAAUUAGUACAAAAUCCAGUUAAAAAUCAACCAACAACCGUACUACCAACAACAGCACAUCGUAUUUCAACAAAAGCUGCCGCUGCUUUUUCUGUACUUGAUUCUACAGCACGUCGUUCAUUUCGUGCAUUUGGAAAUAAAAAUGCUAAUCCAACAAUAACAGGUGUAGCUACAAAUCUUCCAACAACAUCAGAAUUAUCAAAGAGUGAUGAAUCAUUAAGUAAUUUGAGUAUUUCAUCAACAGGACUAUCAACAAUGAAUCCUCCCAUGCACACAUCUUCCAAGUUAGCAAAUGCUGCUUCAUCAGCUUAUAGUAAAUUGCGAGAAUUUAAAUCUAAACGAUUACCUCCUAAUCCUGAAACUAAUCCUAUAAAACAAACUCGAGCAACACCAACUUCAAAACCUAAUGAAAAUAUUCUUGAAGCUGAUUUACGAGAUAUCAUUACGACAUGUUUAUCUAAUGAAACUAAUGAUGUUAAAAGUUUUGAACAUUUACUCCAUGAAAGAGCUGUUGAUGAUACAGCAUUGUAUGCUAGAGCACGUGAAUUUGGACAAGAAUUAUUUCCUGAAUUAACACUUGAUGAACGAAAACAAAAACUUGAUAAUGAAAUUACUCGUUUACAACAAGAAAUCGAUUUACAAUGUCAAAUUCGUGAUGAAAUGACUUGUGAAUGCGAAAAUAAUUCGACAGAUGAAAAUGAAAAACGAAAACUUCGUGCUAAAAUUGCUAAUAUUGAUGAAAAAGUUCAAGCAUUAGGCCUUAAACAUUGUUGUACACAAAUGGCAACAAAAGAAAGUGCGAAUGAUACGAACAAUGAAUUAAUUAGUGAACUGUUGGAUGAAGAUGAAACUAAUGAAUUAGAAGAUUCUCAAAAUAAUAAUUCUGAUGAAUAG